AUGUGUCUUUUCAAAGAGGAAGGAUAUACGUGUACGGUUUUUGGUGAUAAUAGAAAACGUCGCUAUGAAGAGUACCUUGGGAAGCCCUUAUUGUCAAAUUUGGGUGGUUCCCUUAAAAGAUAUGGUUUCAGUAUCUUCUCCUCUAACCUCAAGCCCACAAAUUCAGAAAAUUCAAAUCGAGUGGCUUUGGAAGCUGAUGCAUUUGCAAGGAUGAACAAGCUAAAAGUUCUGCAGCUCAAUGGUGUACAUAUUAGUGGGUCCUAUAAAAAGUUUCCCAAAGGAUUAAGAUGGUUGUGCUGGCGGGGAUUCCCACUUGAGUCCAUAUCUGGUGAUUUCCCUUUGGAGAGCUUGGUUGCUCUUGACAUGCAAUAUAGCCAGUUAAAAAAUGUAUGGGAAGGAACCAAGUUUCUGUGGUUGUUAAAAAUCCUCAAUCUAAGUCAUUCAUAUAACCUUGCGAAAACUCUCAACUUUUUAGAACUCCCCAAUCUUGAGAGGCUGGCGCUUAAAAAUUGUACAAGUUUGGUUGAGGUUCAUGAAUCCAUUGGACACCUUGAAAGACUUGUUUUCUUAAAUUUGGAAGACUGCAAAAAUUUGAGGAAUCUUCCGAGAAGCAUUUGUAUGCUAAAACAUUUGGAAACACUUGUCAUCUCCGGUUGCUCAAAUCUCGACAGAUUGCCGACAAACAUGGGGAAUAUGGAGUCUCUAACUAUGCUCAAGGUAGAUGGAAUUGCUUUGAAUCAAUCUCUCCCUACCAAUGGGCAGGUGAACGCAGUGCAAUCUUUCAUCUGGUCUUGGUGGUUGGAUCCAAGAAAAAGUCCGGAGAUUUCACGGCUUUCUUUACCAUGGUCCUUGGUAGAAUUAAGUCUGGCGAACUGUAAUCUUUCAGAGGGUGAUUUCCCUGGAGACCUUAGAAACCUAUUCUCACUGACGAAACUAGAUCUAUCGUUUAAUUGCUUUCGUCGCCUCCCUGAUUUCAUCAAAGGUCUUCCGAACCUCGAGUGCUUAUAUAUAAAUCAUUGCCAAAGGCUGCGCAAACUUGAUGGGGUCCUGCAAAUAUGUUAUUUGCGUUGUGGAGCUAAUAGAUUGCUGGGGGAAGUAACAUUUCAAAUCUUGCACCGUCCAACAACCACUUGUCAUGCGGACACAUGCAUCCAUCCGGAGACUUUGAGCUCAUUCAAAUUAGAAUCCAUAGAAAACGUUGAAGCUGAGAUUGUUAACAAUUUGGGCUUGUCGAACUUGCAAUCCAUGAGAAACGUAACUGUAAAGCUAACAUCAUCAUGGUUUGGCGUGCAACAAAUGGGGUUUCCCCUCCAGGUAUGUUAUGAGCCAUAUAUGAUCUACGCUUAUAUUUCUGGUAGCAAAGUUCCACCCUGCUUCAGUUUUAAGAAUCUAGGAUUCUCAAUUGAUUUUAUUGUGCCUUCAUAUCUUAAUUUGAGGAUCCGAGGCUUGAAUGUGUGUUCAAUUUUUGAGCACUCUAAUCCACAAGAAUAUGAACCACAUACUGUCAUAAGUAAUAGGACGAAGGGCUUGGUUUGGUGCCAUCGCCCAUAUGUCUUUGGAAUUGCAGAAGAUGGUGAAGAUAUGAUGUGGUUAAGUUAUUGGAAGUUUGGAAAUCAUUUGGAAGGCGGAGAUGAAGUCAAUAUUUUAGUGUCCGGAGGUAAAUUAAAGGAGGUUGGAGUCCGCUUUAUAUGCAAGCAGGAACAAGAAGAGAUGAGCUCCCAAUCAGCCUUUGAAGAUAAAAUACCAGGAAAUAUCGUUCCAGGAAAUGUUUCUUCACAUCAGCCGAGCACAAAAUUGUACCAACUCGGCCGUCAUCACGGUUGCAAGUAUUGUGAGCAUCUGUACCCUCCGCCUUGGAUCCCUGCUCCUUACGAUUAUGAUUAUACUGUGGAAAGUCUGGCUUCAAGACUUACGAUGGCAAAACCAUUUUAUGUUUCUCAAGACCAUGGGCGUUGA